AUGCUUCUUCCUGCGAAAUGCACUUGGUGCGGUGCUAUUGCCACUGCAUCUGGCACUGCUUCCAAGGCUGAAUCGGUUGCUGAAUCAAUAAGCACAUGCGAUGCCCUACUGCUUAUGCCGCUGUUUCCUUCAAAAGCUUUAGAAUGUGCAAUCGAUGACUCGGCUUCCAAGCUGAUACCAUUUGUUGUCACUGUUGUUGUUGUUGUUGUUAUUGUUGUUGUCGUUGCUGUCGCUGCUGCUGAUAUCGAAGAUUCAAAAGGUGAUGAUGAUGAGGAGGACGACUGCGGCGUUAAUGAAUCCAUUGACGCAGCUUCAUCGUCCAUUUCUGACAAUGGAUAUUGA